AUGGAGCACUCGUCUCCGUUGGCUGCCAUGCAGCCUCCCUCGGUCAUGUUUGGACACUGCUUUCGCACCGAUAGUCCCACCUCGUAUCCGUCGUUGGGGGGAUUUGCCGCCAAUAGCUUCAACUUCAAGGACCUGUCCAUGAAGAAGUCGGGCCCGGAUUACUUCAACAUGAAGCCCAUUCGGGGGUCCUCCCCGACGGCAAGUUUGGCGGCAGACUUGUCCCAGAACUUCCACAUUGAUCAAAGUCCUCAAUUGGCGACGCCACGACGGUCUUUGUUCUCUUCAAGUAUGCUUGGACAGGCCAAUGGAUGGGACAAUGUCAUGACCACUCCGCCGCUGCCAUCCUCAUCACCGGCUCCCGCUAUGGACGUCAUGGAAAUGUCUCCAUUGCCGCACAAACCUGCCUACAUCAUCACCACAGAGAUUGGACUGCAGUCGCCCACUCCGGAGUGCACCCCCAUGGACUCGCCGGUAACCUCGGCUGUGCCUAGUCCUCUGCAGGAAUCGCCUAUGGAAGCUGUGGAGCCGUUCGAGCGAAAGCGUCCUACCUUCCCUCGGCCUAGUCUGGCGAAGAGCAAGGCCCAAUCCUUCCAGCUGGGGAUGAAUCAGCCAUCGCCAGAGAGCAAGGCGCCCCCAUUUCGAUUUGGUACCGCGGCAGGCAAGACCUCGUUGAGCACGUCGACUUCGCUGGAGGACAUGUUUGGCGACUCGCCUCCCCACGAACGACCGGCUUCUCGCAACCAGUCGUCCAGCCAUCUGGCGCCUCCACGGCUUCGGCCACCAUUCCACCAUGCUCGUAGUAGUGGCUCCCCCGCCCCCAACUCCAUCCGCAAGCCUUCACAUCCCUUGAUGCGACCCCGCAAGCAGUGCCGGCGCUCGUUGAGCAUGUUUGAGCACCCUGCGGACGUCAUGGCAGAAAAACAGGCCAAGGUACCUGCAAAUGCACCCCUUCAGUCCAUCAGUGACAUUCAGAGUUCGCCCAGCUGCAAGCUGCCGUACUUCAUCCCAGAGGAUAAGGCGGACUCCCUGCCUCGCAUCGAAAAAGGUGUUCUGUUGGAGAUUAUGGAUGGAAAAUUCAACGAUCAAUUCGACCACAUCAUGGUUAUCGACUGUCGGUUCGAGUACGAAUAUGAGGGCGGCCACAUCAAUGGAGCGUUGAACUACAAUGACAAGGAGAAGCUAGCCAGCGAGCUGUUCGACGCUGCCAAGCCGCGGACGGCUUUGAUCCUGCACUGCGAGUACUCGGCACAUCGGGCACCCAUCAUGGCUAAGUUCAUCCGUCACCAUGACCGGGCUGUCAAUGUGGACUCGUACCCCAACCUGACCUACCCAGAUCUGUACAUCUUGGACGGUGGCUACAGCGCGUUCUUUGCCGAGCACCGUGCUCUGUGCUACCCCCAGAACUACGUCGAGAUGAGCGCUAAGGAGCACGAAUUCGCGUGCGAGCGUGGCCUUGGCAAGGUCAAGCAAAGGUCCAAACUGAACCGCGCCCAGACAUUCGCCUUCGGCCAGCACUCCCCUCAGAUGGAGGAUAGCCCGACUGGUCGCUGCCGACUUGGCAGUAAUGAGCGGAAUCGCUUCUUGGACUCUCCCUUUUCCGCAAGUCCUGUUCCCACUCGGUCCCCAGGCCGCCGGAUGUUGUCUUAUUGA